GAGAAAAUUCAGAUCAGCCAACACAAUCUUUUGAAAAGGAAGAGAAACCCUUGAAAGAUGAAGCAGAAAAGGAAAAGUCCAUUGAUAAAUUGCCCAGGAAAAUGUUAUCAAGAGAUUCUAGCCAAGAAGAUACAGAUUCAACUGGUAUAGAUCUACAUGAGUUUUUAGUAAAUACGUUGAAAAACAAUCCCAGGGACAGAAUGAUGCUGCUGAAAUUGGAACAAGAAAUCUUAGAUUUCAUUG